GGUGGGAAUUCCCGCGUUUUGAUUUUUAAUAUUGCGAUCAAGCUCUUCAGAACCACAGAUCGACUGGGGUGAUCUUGCUUGACGGGUCUCCAAGAGCUACAGUUUCACAACCCUUUUACGACAGAAGAUCUCUGAAAAUAUGCCUGUCACAAGAAUGCGAAUGAGGCCAUGGUUGGAAUUACAGAUAAAUUCUAAGAAGAUUCCAGGAUUGUGCUGGAUAAAUAAGGAAAAGAGGGUUUUCCAAAUCCCAUGGAAGCAUGCUGCUCGACAUGGUUGGAACCUGGAGACAGAUGCCUGUCUAUUUCGAAACUGGGCUGUACAUACAGGGAGGUUUAGGCUGGGAAUAGACAAACCAGAACCCAAAACAUGGAAGGCCAAUUUCCGAUGUGCUAUGAACUCUUUGCCUGAUAUAGAAGAAGUGAAGGACAAAAGCAUUAACAAAGGCUCCAGUGCUAUUCGAGUAUAUCGGAUGCUUUAUGUGUCAAAACAAAAAGAAAAGAAGCCACGAUUGUCCAAAGAACUAAAAAGCAAAAACAGGAGAAGGACAAAGUCAAAGGUCAAGGAAGAAAUGACAGAAACUACUGCAAUAACAUCACCAACUGAUCAUACCACAUACACCGCACCAGAGCUAUAUACUGCACAGGAAAUGGUGGUUGACAGCACAGUGUCUUUUGAAGAAACCUUUGCAGCAAUGCAGCAUCUGCCUGAGUGGCCUUCAAACCACAUAGGAGAGGAAUGUGAAAAUGAAGUCGCGAGCACAAUGGCUAUGCACCCAUUUGAGAUUUCUCCUUUACCCUCUCCUGCAACGACUAGUGACAGCUUCAGCUUCCUUUCCGGAGAUGAGAGCUCAGGGGAAUCAGUACCUGAACACAGUUCAUGGGAACAUAGUACCAUUGAAGGAAGGGGCUUCUUCAGCAACAUAAUGGGGAACAAUCAAUUAAAUUUAAUUGGAUCUGAUAUCAGGCCCAGUGAACUCGAAGUGACUUCACGUUCCUUACUUCCGGAUAUCGAAUGGUCAGAAACAACAGGUGAUUUUUUAGUCAGGAGUCAGCCGGACUUAAGGCAAGGAGCAGAGUUAUUGAAUUGGUCUGAAUAUUCGAACUGGCCAAAUGGAUCUCUCAUCAGCUGCACAUGAAUUAAGACUGUUAUGCACUAAAACAGUGCAUUAUGUACAUAGAUUUUUAGUGUACCACCGCUAUCUUUGCAUUUUGUUACGAGACUUCUUGACAUACAAGUCUAAUUACAGAAAUUAAAUUGGAUGGACAUUUGACGUCUUCAUGAAGCAACUCAAAAAAACUAUUCCUUUGACCAAUGCAAAGAACAAUCUGCUAUACAUGGAAACAUUGCUGAUAGAAAGGAAAUGCUCUUCAUGUUUGCCUAAGAAGGAAAAUACAUUAAUUUUCUUGUUUUACUGCAUGUAGAUCUUAGCACAAAUGUUCCUCCAUGCAUAAUCUUACAACUUUCUGAAAUCAUGAAGAAAAUAAUCAGGCUAAAAUGCCUACAAAUAUAGUAUCUCUUUACUAUAUAAAACCACAGUAUACAGUAUGUUACCUCUCAACACAAGGUUGCUAACACUGAAUUAUUUGUCAGAAAAGUUUUAUCUAACACUGGAACUGAAUUUCUUUCUACAGUAGUAAUCAUGUUAUACAGGUGAAGGUGACUUACAAAUUAUUUUACAAACAUUAUAAAUGGUAAUGCGUCUGUUUUUAAAAUUUCCCCAUAAUUGAUAUUUUAAGAAAGAUUUUUUGGAUGUUAAUAAACAUUACAUUUUGUUAAAAAUUUCAUUGUAAAAAUCUUGAUGUUAUUAUUUUACUAAUUACUUUUGUCCAUAAACAUGCUAGCUCAAGAUUCAUAGGCUUAUAUUCCCAGAAUGUAGAAGGGUACAAGACAAUCUGAAAAUUUUAGGAUAUUGGAAGGAAUUACAGUUUGUUUUUGAUGUUCGAUAAAUAGAGGAUCUAGCUGAAAAAUUAGAGCUAAACUAUUCAGAAGGGGAAAUGUAAAACACUUCUGAUGUAAAGUGGAACAAUUAUACUAGUCUAGCACUCACGAAGAGUAGAAGUUACUUGAGUUACCAUUUUAAAUAUAUUUGUUAACCAAGGGAAUAAUUAAUAUGGAGCUAAUAUACAUGGCGGAAAUUAGGAUACAGAUUGGCCAAUUUUUAAAUGGGGAACCUAAUGUCCUUCUCUUAGUCAAUGUACCA